GUUAAAGAUCUGAUUUUUAGUUCAGUUUGAGUGUUUUUGAUGUCUGAAUUUUUACUAUAUCUUUUUGUUUAUAGUUAAAGGUAUGAUUUUUAAUCCAGUUCCAAACUUUUUGAUGUCUAAAUUUGUAAUAUGUUACCAUAAUUAGUUGAAUUUUGGGCUUUUUUAAGUACCCAUUGGAAGAAACUUCUUGAUUUAGUUGAAUUGAGUGAAGAGAAUUGAGUUCAGUUUCAGUCUUUUCUUGAUGUCUGAAUUUGUAGAUCAUAGCUAAAGGUCUGAUUUUUAGCUAAGUUUCAGUCUUUUUAUUGAUGUCUCAGUUUUUAAAUCUUUUUGUUAAAGUUAAAGGUGUGAUUUUUAGUUCAGUUCCAAAAUUUUGAUGUCUAAAUUUAUAUUAUGUUACCAUAAUUAGUGAAUUUCAGGGAUUUUUGAGUACCCAUUGGAAAAAAAUUUCUCGAUUCAGUAGAAUUGGUUGAAGGAACAGAUAACUUCUAUAAUGGAGAUGGAUUCUGAGAAUUAUGGGUGCUCACAUUACAGAAGGAGAUGCAAAAUUAAAGCACCAUGUUGUGAUGAGAUAUUUGAUUGCAGGCAUUGUCAUAAUGACUCGAAGAAUUCCUUAGAACUUGAUCCACUCAAACGCCACGAUAUUCCUCGCCAUGAUAUAAAAGGGGUCAUUUGCUCAUUGUGUAAUACUGAACAGGAUGUUCAACAAACAUGUAUCCAAUGUGGGGUUUGCAUGGGGAAGUACUUUUGCUCAAAAUGCAACUUCUUUGACGAUGACGUUUCGAAGAAUCAGUACCACUGUGAUAAAUGCGGAAUCUGCAGAACGGGUGGCGAGGAGAAUUUCUUUCACUGUGACACAUGUGGAUGUUGCUAUUCAAAGUUGAUGAAGGAAUCACAUAUUUGUAUAGAAAGAGCGAUGCACCACAAUUGCCCUGUUUGCUUCGAGUAUAUUUUCGAUACAACAAAAAACGUCACCGUCUUGCCUUGCGGUCACACCAUGCAUCUGGAAUGUGUCAUGCAGAUGGAACGACAUUUCCAGUAUUCUUGUCCUGUUUGCUCGAGAUCAUACUGUGACAUGUCCCGAGUCUGGGAGAAACUGGACCAGGAGGUUGCAUCAAUACCUAUGCCCGAAAUGUAUCAGAACAAGAUGGUCUGGAUUCUUUGCAAUGACUGUACAGAAACAUCUGAGGUUAACUUCCAUAUUGUAGCACAUAAAUGUCCUAGUUGCAAAUCCUACAAUACAAGGCAGACAAGAGGAGGCACCAGUUCUUGCGCUAAUAUUACCGAAAGGGUCAGAUGAUGUUCUUAAUCGCGACAUUAGACCAGAUUUUUUAAGUGUUUAAAUGUUGAAAUCAACACGAACGACUGCAACAAUUGGUAUGAUUUAACUUCGUUUCCCCGACGAGUUUACCGUGGGAAACAUCAAAGAGGAAGCUACUUACAGGUUAUUACUUGCAACAAGGAGUUGCGGAACAUUCGUCACUUAUUCUUUCCCGUAAUCUUUUUCUGUACUGCUCCAUGGAAAGGCAGAUUCAGGAUUUUAAGUUUGUGGGUUCUGAACGCACAGUCCUUUUCACUUACUAGUUAUAGGUGUUAAAGUGGAUUCCUUAAUGCGAAUACAGUGCAAAGCUACUGAGUUAUGCCAAACUUGUAUUAUGCAUUAUAAAUCCGCCCCUGGCUCCAUGCAAAUGGACUUCUCAAUUCGAUCUGUACGUCUGUUACGAUCUUGAAGUGUUGACUGAUGAUAUUUCCCAUCAAAUAUUACUAGCUUUUUGUUUC